AUGCCGCACGCAUUGUGGCUUCUUGAGGACCCAGCAGUCUCAGCUCAGGAUAAACAACGGGCUGUCGACCGCAUCUACUCCGACCCCGGCAUACCAAAUGCAAACACUACCUCUUCAUUUUGGCAACAGACGCCGCAUCCGCAGUUCGCGGAGCAAAACAAUCAGCCCCUGGCUUCAAAUGCCGAUGUCGUCAUCAUUGGCUCGGGGAUAACAGGCGCAGCCAUUGCACGUACACUUUUACAAAGCCGUGCUAAAACUGCUUGCUCGGACUCAUCUCACCCGGCGGUCGUUAUUCUUGAAGCCAGGGGCAUUUGCAGUGGUGCAACCGGUCGCAAUGGUGGCCACAUUCUUGAAACGGCAGAUGAAUAUGCCGAGCUAGUAGACGAGUGUGGAGAGGAGGUGGCGCGAAAGACGAUGCGUUUCCGAUUGGCGCAUUUGAAAGAAAUGCUGGGCGUGGCAGAGGAAUUGGGCCUCACGGAGGAGACGCAGGCACGGAAGGUGCAGUUCUUAAGUGCUUUCUUUGGAGAUCAGCCAUGGAAGGAUGCUUUGGAGAGACUUCGCCGAUUCAAAGAAGGUAUGCCAGAGGAAUCAGCGGAGUGGACUUCAUAUGACCGAGAUUCGAUGCCAGAGGAGUUCAAGCUCUCAAGGGCAACCGGAAUCGUGGCUGGUCCUGCUGGAGCGCUAUGGCCCUACAAAUUUGUUACGGGCGUCUUGGCCAGACUUCUUGCAGACUAUCCAGAUGAUUUCCGAGUUCAUGGCCAUACCCCGGUUACGUCCAUUGAAAACGAUUCGUCUUCUACAUACAAGUAUAAAGUUCAGACAAGCCGAGGAAUCAUCUCUGCUCGUCAUGUCAUUCAUUGCACAAAUGCUCACGUCAGCCAUUUAGUCCCUGGUCUACGGGGUCGCAUAUUUCCUGUGCGAGGGCAGAUGUCCGCGCAAACGCCAGGAGACAAGUUUCCCUGCCAGGCAUACAAGCACUCCUGGCUGUUCAACUACCACCGCGGCUUCGACUACCUAACGCAGCUUCCAACCGGACAAAUGAUGUUCGGUGGAGGAUUUGCUCAGGGCCAGCUUGGCGGAACUACAGAUCUGGGUGUAGCCACAGACAACGAGCUGUGCACCUACAUCGAUAUCCAUCUCUCUGGUGCAUUAAGCGCAAUCUUCGGUCGAGAGUCCUGGGGCCGUGUACAAGGCGACCCGGUGCAGGCGAUGUGGACCGGAAACAUGGCAUUCAGUACUGAUGGCUUCCCGUGGGUGGGACGCUUGCCGGCCUCUGUAACACGUCGGCCAUCAUCGGAAGGGGCUGGAGGUGAGUGGAUAUCUGCCGCGUUUGGUGGUGACGGCAUGGUGCAGUGUUGGUUAUGCGGGAAAGCCUUGGCAACCAUGCUGCUCCUGCAGGAUGGGUCGCUGGACCCUGCCGCUGAUGCAGAUCUUUCUUGGGUACCAGACCAAAUGUUGGUUACUGAGGAGCGCCUUGUUGCGGCUGAGAUGCCGAGGACUGUCCCUGGCCUCCAGCGCGAAUCUCAUUUAUAA